AUGCGCUCUCUCAUCGCCGCCUCUGUCCUUCUUGGACUCGCGUCUGCUGCUGCUGUACCUGCAGUUGCGCCUCGUACGGGAGGUCACCACCAUGGACAAGGAAAAAAGUUCAAUGUCCAGGUUGGGCCUCGGCCAUACUACCUCGUGGAUGACAUGGACGACGGUCCAUUGAAGGAGAAGCUGGAGAGCUGCUCGGAGCAAGAAUUUGAGACGUCAGACUUUGUCCUGGCCCAUCGUGGAGCACCCCUUCAAUUCCCCGAACAUACCCUCGCAAGCUACAAAGCGGCGCAUCGUAUGGGUGCUGGUAUCAUUGAAUGCGAUGUUGCCUUCACCAAGGACAAGCAGCUCGUCUGCCGACACGCCCAAUGCGACUUGCACACGACCACCAACAUCCUCGACACUCCGCUCGCCGCAAAGUGCACCAAGCCCUUUUCUCCCGCUGCCAAUGGCACCGCUGCGUCGGCCAAGUGCUGCACCUCGGACAUUACACUCGAGGAGUUUGGCACUCUCUGCGGAAAGAUGGACGGCUUCAACCCCAACGCCACAACAGCCAAACAAUACAUGGACGGAACCUCAUACUUCCGUACAGACCUUUACGCCCAACACUGCCCCAAGCUCAUGACCGUCGACGAAUACAUCCCCCUCGUAGACAGCUGGGGCCUCAAAUUCACACCCGAGCUCAAGACCCCCGAAGUACCAAUGCCGUUCGACGGCUACACCCAAGAGCAGUACGCCCAGGACCUCGUCGACAAAUUCCGCGAGUACGACAUCGACCCCAGCCGUGUCUGGCUUCAGUCUUUCUUGCCCGCCGACAUUUUCUACUGGAUCGACAACGAACCAGACUUCGGCGUCCAAGCUGUCUACCUCGACGAGCGCGUCGAUACGCCCGCUGGCUACGCAAACGCUACAGCCAGCAUCCCCGACCUCGCUGCCCGCGGUGUCAAGAUCAUGGCGCCCGCCAUGUUCGCGCUCACGAAGCUCGACGACAAGGGCAAGAUUGUGCCGUCGGAGUAUGCGCUCGCCUGCCAGGAACACGGGUUGGAUAUGAUCGCGUGGUCGUUUGAGCGGUCCGGUUGGCUGCAGAUUGAUGGUGGGGGCUACUACUAUCAGUAUGUGCUGAAUGCUACGAACAAUGAUGGGGAUAUGUAUACUGUGCUGGAUGUUUUGGCCCAGGAUGUGGGUAUUUUGGGCAUGUUUUCGGAUUGGCCGGCUACGGUUACUUAUUAUGCUAAUUGCUUUGGGUUGUGA